AUUCAUAAUAAUUUACUCAGUUCAGUCUGAAGACUUAAACUGUGCCUGGUUCGGGAUGUACAGGGGUAGAAAGAUCUGUCACUUGGUUCCUGUCCCCAAGCAGCUCACCAUGUACAGGGAGAUAUGGGAGGAGUAGCUAUGAUAUGGUGUGUGUUGUGUUAUACACAGAGAGAAUGGAAUCAGGGAACAAGGAAAAGUGUUGCUAGGUGCCAGGGACCCUUGAUCAUGUAAAACUUGAUGGUGAAUGUCAUCCCAGAAGCAACCCAGGUGGAGAGGAGGGUGCAUUCAGUGAGCCUGGAAGCUCAUCUGGAGGUUGCCAUCGGCACCUCCCUGCAAAAGUGCUGGGCUGCGGGCAGGGAAUCGGCUGCCUGUGAUUGGAGGGAUGUUGCUGGUUGGGAUAAUGAACUUGGUAGUGUCGGCAGAGGUGAUUGGCCGCGCCCUGCUGCAGUGAGAAUGCAGACUGGAUCUCAGGUCCUGCUUGUGUGAUGAUCAUUAGUUGAGCAAGGACAGUUGAAUAAUUGGGAGCUGGAAGUUGCUUCUUCCUCCAGGAGAGGUCUGUUGGGCUAUUGCUUUUUCCUUUUUUUAAAAAAGCCAAACAUUAGAUAACCAUCCACCUGCAGAAGUGAGUUUUUAUUGAAGAAGCUCCAGCUGCUCUCUGCUCGUUGCCAGCAACCCGGCGGGGCUCUCUGAGAGUGAGCUAUUUCUCAGGCCAGGCACGACAGCAGUGCUAGCAGAUUUGAAAGAGCAGGAAACAGCCACUGCAUGCAGAGCUUCCAGACUUACAGCUCCCCAGGCUAGUCUUCCCAGCAGCUGUGUAGCCAUCGACCCUUGGUAUUGUGAUCACAUUCCUCCUCAAAAGUGACCAGUCACCGUCAGCGACGUUGGGAGAAAGCCGUGAUGUUGCAGAUGCUGUGGCAUUUUCUGUCUAGUUUUUUCCCUAGGGCUGGGUGCCAAGGCUCCAGAGAGGGGAAUGAUAACGAAGUCAGAGGCACCCCAGCUCCUGCUCGGGGAGACCAGAUGUCAAGCUUUUUGGGGAAACACGACGGCAGGGCUGAGGCCACGGAAAAGAGACCCACCAUUUUGCUGGUGGUCGGACCUGCAGAGCAGUUUCCUAAGAAAAUUGUACAAGCUGGUGAUAAAGACCUUGAUGGGCAGCUAGACUUUGAAGAGUUUGUCCAUUAUCUCCAAGAUCACGAGAAGAAACUGAGGCUGGUGUUCAAGAGUUUGGACAAAAAGAAUGAUGGGCGAAUCGACUCUCAGGAGAUCAUGCAGUCCCUGCGGGACCUGGGGGUCAAGAUAUCCGAACAACAGGCAGAAAAAAUUCUCAAGAGAAUACGGACGGGCCACUUCUGGGGCCCUGUCACCUACAUGGAUAAGAACGGCACGAUGACCAUUGACUGGAACGAGUGGAGAGACUAUCACCUUCUGCAUCCCGUGGAAAACAUCCCCGAGAUCAUCCUGUACUGGAAGCAUUCCACGAUCUUUGAUGUGGGUGAGAAUCUGACAGUCCCCGAUGAGUUUACAGUGGAGGAGAGGCAGACAGGGAUGUGGUGGAGACACCUCGUGGCUGGAGGUGGGGCCGGGGCCGUAUCCAGAACCUGCACGGCCCCCCUGGACAGACUCAAGGUGCUCAUGCAGGUCCACGCCUCCCGCAGCAACAACAUGUGCAUCGUGGGUGGGUUCACCCAGAUGAUUCGAGAGGGAGGGGCCAAGUCACUCUGGCGGGGCAAUGGCAUCAAUGUCCUCAAAAUUGCCCCGGAGUCUGCCAUCAAAUUCAUGGCCUAUGAACAGAUCAAGCGUCUUGUUGGGAGUGACCAGGAGACUCUAAGGAUUCAGGAGAGACUUGUGGCAGGGUCCUUGGCAGGGGCCAUCGCGCAGAGUAGCAUCUACCCGAUGGAGGUUCUGAAGACCCGGAUGGCCCUGCGCAAGACAGGCCAGUACUCGGGCAUGCUGGACUGCGCCAGGAAGAUCCUGGCCAGAGAGGGAAUGGCCGCCUUCUAUAAAGGCUACGUUCCCAACAUGCUGGGGAUCAUCCCUUACGCGGGGAUAGACCUAGCUGUCUACGAGACACUCAAGAAUGCCUGGCUGCAGCGCUAUGCAGUGAGCAGUGCAGACCCUGGCGUGUUUGUGCUCCUGGCCUGUGGCACCAUAUCCAGCACCUGUGGCCAGCUGGCCAGCUACCCUCUGGCCUUGGUCAGGACCCGUAUGCAGGCCCAAGCCUCCAUUGAGGGCGCCCCGGAGGUGACCAUGAGCAGCCUCUUCAAACAGAUCCUGCGUACCGAGGGGGCCUUUGGCCUGUACCGAGGACUGGCCCCCAACUUCAUGAAGGUGAUCCCAGCUGUGAGCAUCAGCUAUGUGGUGUACGAGAACCUGAAGAUCACCCUGGGCGUGCAGUCUCGGUGACACGACAGGAGGGAGGACAGCCUUGCCCAGCGGACUCGCUGAUCCUGGGCCUGCAGCCCUGGGAUGUGUAGCAUCUCAUUCUGUGAAUGUGCCAACACUAAGCUGACUUAAGCCAAGCUGUGAAAACCCUGGGAAGCAUUUGUAGGGAGGGGUGGGGGAACUGGCAGGCCCCCUGGGUUUGUCCUGCUGACCUUGGCCGACCCUCCUAUCCAUUCCAUGGAAGUCCGUGGCUAUCCCUCGGGUCCAGGCGUCAGCAGGACUCAGGCUUAUGCGUAAAGGGACAGGAUGUUUCUUGCAGUGCCUGCCAAACAGCAGAGCUAGGAGGUGGCUUAGUUCUUCCAUCUCCUCUUCCCACCCAGACCAUGGGCCAGGGCCCCCGCCCUCUAGCCUGCUGGGCAUCUUUCCCAUGCCCACUUUGCUUCUUCCUCACUGCUGUUUUAAUAUGGUAGGAGGGGGGCUGCCAGCCCACUCCCAUGACCCACCUCACUCCUCAUCCCUUAGUCCAUGGGGAAAGGUACUUCCACCUGACCUCACCACCCUGACUUCCCAACGUACACAUCGCUCUGGCUGGGCUGUGCAGGGAAGAGGGCGGCGUCUGGCUGUGCUCACCCCCGGCUGAGCUCACCAGCAGGUGGUGCGGAUGCCCAUGUGCAUGCAGGGACAAGGGCCAGCCCUGCCAUUGGCUGCCUGGCCCCCGGGCGCAUGGCUUUCCGGGAGCUGUGUGCUGGUCCUAGAACCUAGAAGCUUCUGCCCUGUGCUGCUGGGGGUCUCCUUGUGCUCUGAGCUGGCUCCGGACUCCACUGGGACUGGCGCCAGCUCAGACCAGCACCCUGACCCCCUCUGGCCUGAGGGCAGUGGGUGCGGUAACAGGAAGGCCAGUUUCUGCCCUGUGUCUGUGUGCCCUGAGAGAGAGGGUUAGCCUUAAUUAUGUAUUUGCAAGGAAAGAGUUUUAUUCAGAAAGACACGCCGGACAAAUGUGCAGGUUCUGUGCUUCCAGAGGGAAGACAAAGCAAGCAGAGCACUUGGCUGACUGCAUUACAGUCCCUGAUGCCCCUGGGAUUGUGUCCAGUCCCAACCGGGGCCACACGGGGCCAGCCUCACAUUCCACUGAUGCGACGUAGCACACUGCUUGGAGCCUAUUUAUUUCGUAUUUAUUUGAACAGAGUUAUGUCCUAACUAUUUUUAUAGAUGUGUUUAAUUAAUAGCCUGUCAUUUUCAAGUUCAUUUUUUAUUCAUAUUUAUGUUCAUGGUUGGUUGUACCUUCCCAACACCUAAGAGGUGGGAUGAGGAGAGAAAGUGGAAGUGACCUUCCCAUCACUGCCCACAGGGGCGUCACAUCUGUCCAAAGACAGAAAAGGGACAAGGAGCGGAGGGGCCUGGGUCACAGAGAGGUCCUCUGGCUGGCCGGGCCGGGCGCGCACCCUGGACGCCGCAGGGCCCGGGGGUUUGACGGGGGUGGGGAGAGUGGGAGAAAGCGCCAUUCCAUUGAAGAUGGAAGUCCAAAUCCUUUCUCGGACCAGGAGGAUGUCUUUAUUUUGCCCUUUCUGAAUGACGAGGCAGCGAGGUGCCUAUCACUGUGAGUUUGGAGUGGGGCUGGAGGAGAGGCUGGCCAGCUCUCCACGCCUGCGAGGGGCUUCUCUCCCCGCCCCCACCCUGCUGCCUGUCAGUACGCUGGUCCGCCUGCAGCCUCACAGUUGCACUUUUCAUUCCACCAGAAUGGCCCGAUGAGGACAAUUUAAUUUAUAUAGGAUGCAAAGAUCAAUGCAAAAAUUAUUGUUAAACAAAUAUAGUUCUAACUGGAUUUGUGACAAAGCAAAUUAAAGAAUUGGGAGUUGUCAUUUAAAACAGCCUCUAAUAAAGUUAUU